CUAUCUAACAACCACUCUGAAAACAAAAACUUUGCGCGUAAUAAAUAUUUUUAUAAAUAAAUUAAACGCAAUUAAGCAACCAAAAAAACCAGUGAGCUAAAACUGGUGAUUAAAAAGUGUUUAAACAAAGGCGAGCAAACACAGAUUAUUCUUAUCACAUUUCGCGACCUCAAAAGUUCCCACCCUCUGGGCAGGCAAAGAUGAAAACCCCCGUUUCCGCAGCUGCAAAUUUAAGUAACUCGAACGCAGGCAGUGCCGGAGCAACCGCCGUGCAGAUCGUACCGAAAACAGAGCCCGUCGGAGAAGAAGGUGCCCCCAUGUCGUUGGACUUCCAGACGCCCAACCUCAGCUCAUCCACCCCCAAUCCCAACAAGCGACCGGGUUCCCUGGACCUGAAUGGCAAGGGUGCCAAGAACAAGCGCAUUUUCACACCGCUCGUCAUCAACUCACCCGAUCUGCAGGCCAAAACCCUGAACACACCCGAUCUGGAGAAGAUUCUGCUCUCCAACAAUCUCAUCCAGACCCCGCAACCGGGCAAGGUGUUCCCCACCAAGGCAGGUCCCGUCACCGUGGAGCAGGAGGCCUUCGGCAAGGGUUUCGAGGAGGCCCUGCAGAAUCUGCACACCAACUCGCAGGCUUUUCCGGUCGUCAACCCCACGCCAAAUACCACAACAACUGCGACAGCCAUGACGGCUGUGAACAAUGGCAUCAGCGGUGGGACCUUCACCUAUGCCAACCUCUCCGAGGGCUUCUCGGUGAUCAAGGACGAACCCAUUAACCCAGCCGGUUCGCCCACCGUCAGUCCCAUCGACAUGGAGACGCAGGAGAAGAUCAAGCUGGAGCGCAAGAGGCAGCGCAACCGUGUGGCCGCCUCUAAGUGUCGCAAGCGCAAGCUGGAGCGCAUCUCUAAGCUGGAGGACCGAGUGAAGAUCCUCAAGGGCGAAAACGUCGAUCUGGGUAGCAUUGUAAAGAACCUCAAGGACCAUGUGGCACAGCUGAAGCAGCAGGUGAUGGAUCACAUUGCCGCCGGUUGCACAGUGCCGCCCAACUCGACGGAUCAAUAACAUUUGGAGUUGUCCGCCGGGGAGGAGGAGGAUGAUCAGGAGCACGUGGCACUGGAGACCAAAGCCCCAUCGAAUCAAGAGGUUUCCGAGCAGCCCAUGCCUCUGGAGCUCUUCCUAAGUGCCACUACGAAUGCCUUGGAGCUGGAGUCCGCUGCCUCUCAGGACAUCUCCCUCAGCAACAGCGAUCUUCUGGAGGAGGAUAGCGAAAACGAACGGCCUUUGGUGCUCUACAUCCUAUCGGACGAUGCAACCUGAAGUUUGGUGCCUUUCUUGGUCUUAGCUGCAAUAUCUGAAAUGCUUCUUAAGUGUUUUGUUUACUUAGUUAUUAGGAAUAAGCUACCAUUAAUCAAGUAUUAUCUGUGUUGAACGUAAGAUAAUAUGUAAAGUACUUUAAAAAUCUACGUAUAUAUAUUUUCUGUACUUGAUAUAUACAUAAAAAAAUUAAUUCUA